AUGGCUACCGAGUCCAAAAUCUUGCCCAAGAAGGGCGAGCGUAAUAUCCUCAUUACAAGUGCCUUGCCCUACGUCAAUAACGUGCCUCACCUGGGAAACAUUGUUGGCUCCGUUCUCAGCGCAGACGUUUUCUCUCGGUAUCAUAAGGCUUGCGGACACCCGACACUAUAUAUUUGUGGAACCGAUGAAUAUGGCACUGCAACAGAGACAAAGGCGCUCGAGGAGAAGGUGACUCCGGAGGAACUUUGCGCAAAGUACAAUAAGAUCCAUCAGGAAGUGUAUGAAUGGUUCGAAAUUGGGUUCGAUCACUUCGGGCGCACUCCGACGCAGAAGCAUACUGAGAUCUCUCAGGCCGUCUUUAAGCGGCUUUAUGAUAAUGGGUACCUUGCGGAAAAGACUGCUGAGCAGCCAUUCUGUGAGACCCAUGGGUCCUUCUUGGCCGAUCGCUACGUCGAGGGUGAAUGCCCACGAUGCCACUACGACGAUGCCAGGGGAGACCAAUGUGAUAAAUGCGGCCAUCUUCUCGACCCGUUCGACCUCAUCAAUCCGAAGUGCAAGCUCGAUGGUGCCACCCCGGUAAAAAGAGAGACGAAGCAUAUUCACCUUCUUCUUGAUAAACUCCAGCCCGAAAUCGAGGAAUUUGUUCUUCCUGCCAUGGAAAAGGGCGACUGGCCCAAGAACUCUCGCAAUAUCACUGAGAACUGGUUGAGGGAAGGGUUGAAAGACCGUGGUAUCACAAGAGACUUGAAGUGGGGUGUCCCUGUUCCCCUCGAUGGGUUUGACAACAAAGUGCUUUAUGUGUGGUUCGAAGCGUGCAUUGGUUAUCCAUCAAUUACUGCCAACUAUACCCCAGACUGGGAGCUCUGGUGGCGUAAUCCGGAGGAUGUGCAGCUCUAUCAGUUUUUGGGCAAGGACAAUGUGCCCUUUCACAGCGUCAUCUUCCCCGGGUGUCAGAUAGGAACCAAAGACAAGUGGACCAAGCUUCAUCACCUGAAUACUGCCGAGUACCUGAAUUACGAGGGUGGCAAGUUCAGUAAGUCUCGUGGGAUUGGUGUCUUCGGGAACAACGCCAAAGAGACUGGUGUUUCCCCAGAUGUCUGGCGUUACUAUCUUUUGAAAAACCGUCCAGAGACCGGGGACACUCAGUUCGAAUGGCGCUCAUUCGUCGAGAGCAACAACAGUGAGUUGCUGGCCAAACUUGGUAACCUCGUCAACCGAGUCAUCAAACUUGUCGCUGCUUCCUACGAAUCCACUAUUCCCGAUUUCACCGUUCCAGAGGCCUUCCAGCCCACCCUUGACGAGGUCACCACUCUUCUCCGCCAGUACAUUGAAGAAAUGGAAGGCGUCCACCUCCGCGCUGGUGUUAGCACCGCCAUGAAACUCGCCGAAGCAGGCAACGGUCUGAUCCAGGCCAACCGGCUAGACAACUCCCUCAUCGCCAACGACCCCGAGCGCGCCGCGGCAGUCGUCGGCACCGUACUAAAUCUCAUCUACCUGCUCGCCAGCGUCUUCUCCCCUUACCUUCCCGCCACCUCUAAGUCCAUCAACGAGCAGCUCAACGCUCCCUUUGCCCACAUCCCCUCCCUUGAGGACAUCAAAGACGGCUGGAAGCCCGUCGCCCUCAAGCCAGGCCACAAGAUUGGCAAGGCCCAGUACCUCUUCUCCCGCAUCGACCCUAAGAAAGCUGAUAUGUGGCGCGACAUGUUCGGCGGCUCCCAGGCUGACCGACAAAAGAAGGAAGAGGAAGCUGCCAAAGCGGCAGCAAAGAAGGCAGCCAAGGAAGCCGCCAAGGCAAAGAAGAAGGAGAAGCGGGCUAAGGAGGCUGCCGCCAAGGAAACUGCCGGUGGCGGCUCCGUCGAAGCCACAGCCAAGGGUGGCGCUGAGUUGGCGACUGCUACGGUGGAGGGGACGACUGAUGAGGCUAUUGAGAAGGUUACCGAUGGUGUUGCGCAGGUUACGAUUCCCACGUCGUGA